CGCACAAAUUGUACCGCAUCUCUUAUUAACUUCUCUAAUAUGGAUGCCACCGGAAACCUAAACAACCGUUUCUCUUCCAUGCACAGGUUAGGUAAUAAAUAUUAAUUUUAACCUGAUGUUGAAUACAACUUGGCGAUGUCCACCGUCACAUUGACUUGGGAAGAAUUUCUGCAGGAAGCUAUAGAGUUCCAAAAGAUAUCAGAACGCCUGGGUGACAUAUGGGCUUUGUGCAAAAAGGAUGACGAAGACGGUAACACUUAUCUACGAUACCAACAAAAAAUACCAAAUACUAUUGACUCAAAUAGUUAUGCAGAUCCUUUGGGACAAAAUCAAUCCCCUCUUGAAGAUGACUCUGCUACUGCGGCUCCAUCAACCAAAGACCUAUUGCAAAUCGAAUAUCAUAUCGUCUAUAGUAUUUCAUAUCAAGUUCCUGUGCUAUAUUUUCGCAUCUACCGUAGUGAUGGCAGCUUAAUGAAUCUUGAAGAUGCUUGGCGCAUCUUUCGUGGCUAUGUCGGUAAUGCGGGUAGUGCGUAUGCUACUGGUCAUACAACUAAUGAAGAUAUGCUGAAUAUUAUGACCCAAUUGGAUCAUCCAGUUUUACGCAGACCAUAUAUUGCAAUACAUCCAUGUCGUACAGCCGAAUUGUUAGCGCAAGCAGGACUCAGUCGGAAUCGUGUACUUACUUUUAUCAGCUUGAUGGGACCCUUUGUACAGCUGGUUUUAAAAAAUGAAUAUGGCUUGGAGUUUGCUGAUGGCUAAGUCAGUAUAAAUAUACAUAUACUUCUGCAGCGAAUUAUACUUACAUUGAUAUUUUUAUAAUUAAAAAAUGCAACACGAGCGAGACUGUUUUAGUUACUGAUAUAUUUGUUCUUAUUUGCAUUCUUUAACAUUUAAAAUUACUUAAACAAUUUAACAAUUACUAAAUUUUAUAUAAAUUAUUUAUCGACAUAGACAACAGCAGAAAUAGUACAGCAAAAGCAAUCAAUAUUUGAGGCAAUUGCUUACAUUUACAAAAUUAAAAGCCACGAAUUAUGCCAAAACCAUUUUACUGAGUUAACCAUUUCUUAUUCUACAGUUAGAGUCAUUUUAAAGGUAAUAAACAAAAUUUUAAAUGUUAUGAAUAUUUAAGCGAGUUUUUUCAUAAAAUGUUUGCUAUUACAACUAGGCUAAACUGGAAAAAAUUUUCUAAGUCGCAUAAACCUUUAUUUAACAAAUGUAGCUAUGUAUGUAUGUAUAUCUUUUUUACAUUAAGUAUAUUUGCAAGUAGUAUAUUUAAAUAUUACAUGGUAUAUGUGUAUAUAAUUUAUUUAUAUAUGUAUAUGUACAUAUGUAUGUAUUUCCCUAAUUGUCAGGCUAUUUAACGCUACUUACGAUUAGAUGUAUAUAUCGUCGUUUAAAGUGCAAAAACGCGUAUC